AAUUCGAAUGUUUUUUUUUCUUCUAAAAUCAAAUCUCUUCUUUAUUACAAAAACUGAAAGAGCGCUUCUCUUUGGACACGAACAUUUCUCUCUUCAGUUUUUCUGUCUGUCCGAUCCGACUCGCUAUUCUAACUCGUUCUCUCUCCAAUUGGCUUACUUCUCCAACUCAAUUAUUGAGCUGUAGUUUUCUUUAAACGCCGUCGUUUUUAGUAGGCUAGGGUUUACUCCUUGAAGCGCAAGUUGAGAUUUGUUUAUCGGAUUCUUAAGGUUCGAUGUUUUGAAGUUCUUCUGAAUGGCGAUUCGGUAAAUUAAGCGGAAUGGAGCCCAUUUUUUGGAUUACGGAGUUUUGGGAGGGUUUCAAAGGUUGUCUGAUGGAUGGGGAGUAAUUAGGGUUUUUUUUUUUGUUUCUAUUGAUUUUUAGGUAUAUUUCGGACUUAAUUUGUUCAUUUCGAUAGCUAUAAGUGUAAACUUUAAGGGGAAUUUGAAACUUAGGGUUUUUCACGCACUCUGUGUGUUUGUUCAAUUUGUAGUGAAAAGUUAAAGUCGCUUGUUUCCGGGUUUAUUUUUGAAAGAGAAGCAGAAUUUUUAAGCUGAAAUAAUAGGGCUUUGUUUCAUUUAGAAGUGAGGAAGUUGUAUGAAAAAAUAGGGAUUGUAUUGGUAGAGAAAUGUUUUAUUCACAGUUUAUUUUGGCAAAGAAAGGUCCGUUGGGGACGAUAUGGAUAGCAGCUCAUCUGGAGAGAAAACUCCGAAAGAAUCAGGUGGCCGAUACCGACAUUGGUGUCUCUGUUGACUCUAUUCUGUUUCCUGAAGUACCAAUUGCACUACGAUUGUCCAGUCAUCUUCUUCUUGGAGUGGUUAGGAUAUAUUCUAGAAAGGUGAAUUACCUUUUUGAUGAUUGCAGUGAAGCUUUGCUUAAGAUAAAGCAGGCGUUUCGCUCCACUGCAGUUGAUUUACCACCGGAAGAAUCAACUGCGCCCUACCAUUCAAUCACUUUGCCCGAGACUUUUGAUCUUGAUGACUUUGAGCUCCCUGAUAAUGAGAUUUUUCAGGGAAACUAUGUUGAUCAUCACAUUAGCUCAAGAGAGCAGAUUACGCUUCAAGAUACCAUGGAUGGUGUGGUAUACUCCACGUCACAAUUUGGAUUGGAUGAGCGGUUUGGAGAUGGUGAAACUUCUCAGAUUGGUUUGCUUGAUGAGGAGCUAGUCCUAGAAAGGAUUGCAGUGCCAGGACAUGAUGGAGUUUCAAAGUAUGAUCUUCAAGGGUCAGAUUUACCUCAAAAACAAAAUCCAAGUAAUUUAGAAGCUGUGCCAGUGGAUUGCAGUGGGGAUCAGGUUGAUGCUAUAGCUGCAAAUUCUGAAUUUGUCAAGUUCGAUCAGGAACUAGUUGUUCCUAGAUUAGCGGAAGUGCCUAACUUGUCUUGUGUUCAUGAGGCACUGGCUGGUAGUGAUCAUGUGGAACCAGAACAUCACAAUCUUAAAGAAUUGGACAAUUCUGAGUACACAUCUGCUGUUGCAAUUAUCAGAGGACCUGAUGGUUUGGAUAGGGUGGAAGAUAUGCAUAAUGGCGUUAUGCACUCAAUGGAUAGAACUGAUGGGGAAUGUGCAGAAUCUCCUAGCUGCUCCAACAUCACCUUUGAUUUGGACGACCCUUCUCGAAGAACAUGUUCAAGUAGCACCUGUGUGCCCACAUCAGAUGGCUAUUUGGAGAAUGAUCAAUUAUCACAUAAAUCUGAAAUUGGCAACUAUGCUGACACCACUGAUAAUUUGGAUGAGUCAUCCUCACCUGCCAAAGCAGUAGCUUCAAAUCCAUCAUGCCCAUUGGUAUCGCCCAGUAGAAUAACAGUUAUUGAUGGUGAAGCUCAAGCUUGUCAGGAACCAAACGAUUCUGAAAAUCUUAAAAAACCUAUUAUUCAUGAAGAUGUCUCAUCUGUUCUAGUUCUUGAAAGUGAUAAUUUGGCUGCUGCAGAGCACAACUUGGUGGAAUUGUCCAUAAGGGAGGAAGUUCAUGCUUGUGGAGCUUCCAUUGAGGUGCAAGGUGAGGCCUGCCAAACUCGGAUGUCAGAACCUGGGUUAUGUGAUGACCAGUUGGAAAAUUCAAAUAUUUGUGCUAUGUCUGACUUGCCUGCUCCUGAAAAGUUACUGUCUGUACCAGAAGGACCUCUUGAUAAACCAAGUGAUAUACUGGGUGAGUCUACCUCAGACAAAGAGGUCCUAACAGGAAAUGAUGAAAUUGAUGCUGGAACGAAACUCAUUUCAGGAAAAAAGCGAAGUAUAACUGAGAGUACACUAACUAUAGAGAGUAUAAACUCAGUUGAAUCAUUUGGAAGGCCUCAAUCCAGGACUGCAGAAUCAGUUCCUGAUGAUGAUGACUUGUUGUCUUCUAUUUUAGUUUUUAUUGCUUCAGUUGGAAGAUCUUCAGUUUUCAAAAUGAAAGCAACUCCUCCACCUGAAGUAGCACCAAUGAAACGUGCACGAUCUGCACCUAGACCUAGUGCCACUAAGAGAAAAGUGCUUAUGGAUGAUACCAUGGUCUUACAUGGCGAUACCAUACGUCAACAGUUGGUUAAUACUGAAGACAUUCGUCGUAUACGCAAGAAGGCACCUUGCACUCGCCCUGAAAUUUCAUUGAUUCAGAGACUAUUCUUGGAAGAUGAAAUCUUUAGUGAACCUAUAUUUACUGGUAUGUCAGGUGACUUGGCAUGUUUGCACAGUGAACCUUAUGAUCUAAGCUGUAUCAGAAUUUCUGAAGGUGAUGAAAACCAUGCAUCAUCUGAAGUAGCUAAGGAUUCAGAGUGUUCUGUCAGACCUAAUAUUGCUAAAGAAGGUAGAAUUGAAGGGAGCUCUAUGCCUGUGAUUCACGGAAAUGAUGAACAAGCACAAUCUGCUGGCACUCCUAUUCAGACUGAUACCCAGCAGGGUGAAUACAAUGAUCUUAGUAUUCAGCUGGAUAGAUAUGCUAUUGAUGGUGUACCUCAACUUUUGCAACAUGAACUUUUAGAUGGGAUCACUGAAAUGGAAAUUGACAGAGACAAUGUGGAAGUUGCUAAUGUAGCAAAUCACUCUGUUCUGGACAAGUUCGGGGUAUUGUCUCAUACUAAUCUUGUUACUGGAGAUACUAGUAACAUGACAGCUGGGGAGAUAACCAACAGCAUAGAUGGUUCCAUGUUAAACAAUGCAACAUGCUUUCCACUUGAUCAAAAAAUGACUACUCAACCAGGGGAAGAUGCUUCUGAAUUGGAUAUGAGAAAUGACAAAGGAACUAAUCCUACAGGAGUUUUAGAAAGUAUUAUUGCAGCUGAAACUGAAUCAAAAGCAACUGAUAAGUUUUUGUCGCAAGAAAGUAAAGCCAGUACAUCAGUUGAGGUCAGUAUAGCAGACUACUGUGCACCUAUUGAAAAUGGAACCAAUAUUCUUGCAACCAUACAAACGGGUGAGUCUGUGAAUGGUGCUCAAAAUGCAUACGAAACUGGAUAUGAUAAGGUUGGUGUGGAAGAUGAGGCUCAAGUUGAGGGUGCACUCUUGGAUCUUGAUGAAAAGGACCCGCUCUGUAAGGGUAGUGAAGAAUGUAAAAUGGAUUCUACAUAUUCAGAAAAGGUUGAUAUUGUUCUGAAAAAUGCUUCAUUAAAUGAUGGAGAAACUCCAACCUUUCAGGAAGUUGAUGCAGUCAAUGAAGAAAUGACCUCUCUUGUGGAUAAUCAAGCUGAAUUUGAGGAUGUUGGAGUUGCAAAUGAUAAAGAAUUUCUGAAUCUAGAUGAUGAUGAGCUAGGAGAGGAUGAUGAUGAUGGUAUGCCAUGUGAUGAAAGUCGUCUUCUUGAAAAUAGUGGAUGGUCUUCACGUACCAGGGCUGUUGCCAAGUAUCUCCAGAGUUUGUUCGAGGAUGAAGCUGUACAUGGACGUAAGUUACUUUCCAUGGACAGUCUAUUGGCUCAUAAAACACGUAAAGAAGCGUCGAGGAUGUUUUUUGAAACACUGGUUCUUAAGACAAGAGACUACAUCCAUGUAGAACAGGGGAAACCCUUUGACAACAUCUGUAUACAGCCUCGAACAAAGCUCAUGAAGUCAGAUUUCUGAUCCCUUGCAUAGGAAAAGCAGAUACAGUGAAAAGUGCCAUGUCGUAGUUCAAGUUCUGAUGCUCAGCCCACACCGGUAAUUAUUUUGUUUCAAAAUAAUGUUUUUUUUUUCCUUUUUUUAAAAUUUAAAAAUUAGUUGGUGUUUAGCUCAUGUAAUUGGUAGGUUAACAGUGGGGAGGGAAGGCACAUGUCAGUCAUCAUGUUGAUUUUAUCGACGACUGUAGGUGGGUAAUUAUUGUGAAUAUAUAUACAUAUAUAUGUAAAAUAUCUCAAUUUGCAAUUGAAGAUGCUAAUUUAUUUGUUUUGACUGCUGUUUGGCCAUUCCUUGAUAUUCAUAAAGGAUUUGUUACGAAUUGCCUGAAUCUGAAUUAUAAACUCACAGUUUGAGUUGAGGCUGAUUAAUUGUGGUUGUGGGCAACCAAUUCCCCUUGGCCUUCUUGUUGAUGUUGUUAACGUUUUAUAUUAAGUUAGGGACAGUGUGAAUCUGCAAUACAUAUAGCAAGUCGUCCCAUUGUCACAAUGGAGAGCUUUGAAUCUCGCAUUGAUAUAUUUGUUUAAUACUAUUUUGUUAAAUAAUAGCUAUAUUUUUAUA